UAUGAGGGUUGGGUAGAUGGGUGGGUGAGUGGGUGACACAAGAGCACUCGCUGUUAUCUCUGUCAGGUCCUCAAAAGAGCAGGACACAAGUUCGGAAGGAAGACCGGUUCCAAGCCGGAGAGCAAGGGUUUGAGGAGGAGGCUGUUAGAAGCAAGUCAAGAAAGGGAGAAAAGAUCAAGGGGAGAGGAGCAGGCGGAGUGCCACUGCCAGGAGGAUCUGCCACGGGGGGUCGCACAUGGAGAAAGUGCCAGGAGACGGAGAUAUGGAGCAGAGGGAACGUGCGGACCAGCUGUCCGAAGAGGAAAAGGGGAUGAUCCAGGACACCUGGGGACGGGUCUAUGAAAAUUGCGAAGACGUGGGCGUCUCGGUCCUCAUCAGGUUUUUUGUCAACUUCCCCUCAGCCAAGCAGUACUUCAGCCAGUUCCGGGACAUGGAGGACGCAGAGGAGAUGGAGCGAAGCCUGCAGCUGCGCAAGCAUGCCCAGCGGGUCAUGAAUGCCAUUAACUCCGUUGUGGAGAACCUCCAGGACCCUGAUAAGGUGUCCUCCAUCCUGGCCCUGGUGGGCAAAGCGCAUGCUGUCAAGCACAAAGUGGAGCCCAUGUAUUUUAAGAUCCUCAGCGGAGUGAUCCUGGAGGUGCUGGCUGAAGAUUACCCUGACUCCUUCACCCCGGAGGUGCAGAGGGCCUGGGCCAAGCUCAUGGGCCUGGUGUACUGGCACGUGACGGGAGCCUACACAGAAGUCGGAUGGGUUCAGCUGUCCAGCUCCGCCGUCUGACCGGGGGCGCAGACCCAGGCCGCUCCAGCAAAGGCUGUGCGGGAACCGGCACCGCAACACUGUUUUUCUGCUGGAGGAAACAGGCAUCUGCAGACAGGCCAGUCCAUGUGGGAGAAGAAGCGGGAGAAAAUUGUGGACAGGUGGUUUGGUCGGGUGGUUGGAGACAGGGAGGAGCUGUGGACCUAACGGGAAAUUGAAAAAAGAAAUAUCUGCUGCUGAUAUGUUCUUUCUCCCAGCCAGGUUCAAGGGCCUUUCCUUCUUCACACCUUAACAUCUUUGGGCAUAAUUGUAACCUUUGGGUUGUUGUCUUUGUUCUGUAUGGUUUGUGAGUGUAUUUGUAAAUACGCCCUCGUUCAAAAUCUCUGCGAGGUCCAAUUCUGCGAAGGGUAUAACAGAUUUGGCUACGGAGAUUGGAUCCGUUGUUCGCUUGAACUCACAUUUCCCCAUUCCCCCUCAAGAGCGCAUAGCUCUCCGUCUUUCACGUACCGUAAACACACAUAGGGAUAAGCACAUUUCACAGAAACAAAUUUCUCCCGGAGGCUAAGAAAAUUCCCAACACCAUGGAGGGUAACAUAAUAUUACAGAUUACCAUGACAGCGAAUUAUCUUGAUCGAAGAGCAGCUACCUUUCCCUCACAUGACCACGUAUAAAGACCCAGAGGACUCUGCAGUAGUUUUAUGACACAGUUCUUGAACAAAAUACUUUCCAGCUUAGUGAUGAAUCGCUGCUUACACGACAACAGCUCACAUGCGGAAGGUUAAAAAACACGAGUGUGGACCCAUAUCUCAUUUUAGCAUUUUGUUUUCAGCGAAACCCCAAAUAAAAUCGGUUUUGUUUAUGCGGUGGAUGCAAUUGGCAUGCCGUCAAUCAAGACAAAGCAAACUGCGCUGCGGCAAAAAAAAAAAAAUACACUUUGAUGGUUUUGAACAUUUGCCUCCGUUUCGUAUCCGAAUUCCACUGAUUAUAAAUAUGAGCCACCUGUCCUUUUCGAUGCAGCGCAUUGAGUCCGUGCUCGCUUUGCGGCCCAGCUCGCCUCCGCCGGGCCGUUUAGCGCUAAUGAGGAGGUAAUGAGUCCCGGUGCUCGUCCAUCAGCCACGCACGGGAAGCAGGCGCCCUCUCCUCCUGCUCUGGCCUCCCGCUAAUGGGAGCGGAGGGGGGACUUUAACCUGAUUUGUGCCUCUGUCCUCCAUCCAUUCGGAAUCCCCCCCACCGCAGAAGGUCGUGGUUAACGGUUUCCAACUGGAGAAAUGCAAGUGGGUGCAUUAUUAUACAAAAACUAUUUACUCAAGAUCACGUAUACACACCACGGUACACUCUCCCUGACCAACGGUUUGGCGAUGUAACCUCCACUGGGUGCAGCUGUGCACUCUUUAACUACGACUGUUGUUUACAAACCGGCCCCUGGCUAAUGCCAGCCAACCAGUCUCAUAGACACCCCCGUGUUAAAACCCGCCUUUCCUCGUAUCCUCUCGAUACAGCUUUUGUAGCAGCUAGAGAAAGGGGCCAUGGAUAUUCACAAAAUGGCGACGUACUGUUCUCUCUUCAAAUAUACGAUUGUCUCAUAAAAGUCAUUUCCGCCGGCAUGCCCUGUUCACGUGCCGACAGAAGUACCACGCUCUAUUGUUUACAAUACAACGUCGACAACUGCGAGCUUCAUGACUGUUUGCGAAAUAGAUUCGUGCUCUUCGGACUAAGCAGAAGAGACGAAAACGCGGUAAAAUAAAGACACGUGACUCCUCACCUGUUUCACGUCGUUACACUUUGCUCCUUGUCGGUCACACCGUCUUGUGAAUCCUGUUCCAUCCCGGGGUUUCCAUACGCCUGGCAUCUGGAUUUAUUUGUUUGCCCUCAAAGGCGGGUAUGUCGGAACAAACUUAACACGUAUACAGAUGAGCAUGAACUCACACAAGCACAUAAUAAUACACAUGCAGAGCUAAGACAGAAAUUACGUAAUUUUUCACAGACAGUCCUACGUAGGCUAGAUCUGUCAGCAGGACACGAUUCUCGGAUGUAUAUUUUUUUUUAAACAGCCUUAUGUGGAAGUUACUAUUGUGACCUGUCUUGUUAUUUCAAAGCCUGGACUUUAUAUUUUUCUAAAUAUAUAAAAUAUACAGUUUACAGUACCUAUAGUCAUCAUAUAUAAAAUAAUACAUGUAUGUAAAUCUAUGGUAUAUAAAAGCAUUGCACAUUGUUCCUGGAGGAUGUUAGUUUUGUGCCGUUAUAGCAUGUUUGCACAGUCUAACACAGACUUGUACCUUAGCAGACCUGUCAAAAUGAAUUCUUAUUAUCAAUAAACAGAUUAU